AUGAUCCGAAAGGGUAUACUAUCGCUCUCUGGCCGGGGUGUGCUCCCCCCCUGCCGCGCGCCGCCGUCCCGUUCACUUCUCUCGAGCAGCCCUGCGGCCCUUUCUUUCUUCUGUAAUCGCCUCCGCCCCGUUCCAAACGCUGCGCUCUGCUGCCCUCGCCGCGCGCAGUCCUCCGGGGUCGAGGUGGCCUUCCCCAUCGUCCAACUCCCCGCGCGCACGCUGUGGGCCCGGCAGGCCGCGCUCGACCCCGCCGCCCUCGCCACCGGGGACUUCGACGACCUCUUCGCCAGUCUCCACGCCGCGCGCAGGCACUACCAAUAUCCCUCCCUCAGCGCCCCGCAGAUCGGCUGGAACGUGCAGGCCUUCGUGCUCUUCGACGGCAGCGUCUUUGUGAACCCUGUCGACCUCGACGCGGAGGACACAGGCACAACUGCAGGAAAGGACACAAGGACAACUGCAAAAGAGGACACAAGGAUGGCGGAGCUGCGACGGGCGCGGGGGACGGGGUGGGCCUGGGAGCCCUGCGCGAGCUGCUCCUUUCUGAUGCACUACAUCGAGCGCCCGAUGCGCAUUCGGCUGCGCGCACUGGACGCGCGCGGGGUGGCGUUUGAGUGCGAGCUCAGCGGCAUUCGCGCGCGGAUGGCCUUGCAUGAGAUGGAUCAUCUAAACGGGGUCCUUUUUACACGACGAGUGUUGGAUCUUGACCACAUCGUUCCGCUCGAUGGGUUGCUUCGAUGGUGA